AUGAAUCCAGAAGUUCUGGAAUUCUCUUUUGCAACCGAUAAAUACAUACACCCUCCCCCGUUUUCUGAUCGCAAGCAGCUCUCGAGAAAUUCGUUGAAUUCGCAGUCUCCGAAGCAAUUUUCUCUGCAACCAAACGCGUUUCCCGCCAGAAAAUGUCGCUGAUUCCGAGCUUCUUCGGCAACAGGAGCAGCAGCAGCAGCAUCUUCGAUCCUUUCUCGCUCGAUGUACGGGAUCCCUUCAGGGAACUCCGCUUCCCGUCGUCGUCACUCUCGUCGGAAAACGCGGCGAUAGUGAACGCGCGCGUGGACUGGAGGGAGACGCCGGAGGCGCACGUGUUCAAGGCGGACCUUCCGGGGAUGAGGAAGGAGGAGGUGAAGGUGGAGAUAGAGGACGAUAGUGUGCUGAAGAUAAGCGGGGAGAGGCACGUGGAGGAGGAGGACAAGAACGAAACGUGGCACAGGGUGGAGAGAUCGAGCGGGAAAUUCUCCAGGAGAUUUAGGCUGCCGGAGAAUGCGAAGAUGGAUCAGGUCAAGGCUUCCAUGGAGAAUGGCGUGCUGACCGUGACCGUUCCAAAGGUCGAGGCCAGGAAGCCUGACGUGAAAUCCAUCGAGAUCUCCGGCUAAGCUCGUAAGAAUCUGUGAUUAUCACAAUCGAAAGCUCUAUCUGUGUGUGUGUGAUUCUGAGGCGUGUUCUUGUUUAUGGCAUGGUAUGUGGUUUCUGAGAAGUUCAGUGUUCGUGAUGCGUGUCGUGUUGAGAAAGUGAAUGUAUGGUUUAAUAAGAGUUUGUAAGUUUUUGUCCUGAAAUAUCGCAAUCCGCACGUGGCGUAAUACUAUGGUUUCAUGGGCUUUGCAAAGCCCAAAGCACA